CAACCGAUGUGCAAGCAGAUUCUAGUAGCAUAUACAGUUCAUUUGUUGUAUGUGAAAUUCCCCUCGAUACUAGUUCAGACAAAGUGUACACCAUUGUAAUGUACAAGUUAGAAGUGUACAAGUAUGACAUUGAUUCACACAUGGAUUUGAAACCAAAUAACUCGGACUUGUGUUUCUUCUAAAGUUGUGUCAUUUUAUUUUCUAAAGAAUACAUCGAUAUUUGGACACAUCUUAAAGAAAUCGUUGACAUUUUAAAAUAACACUGGCAGCCUAGCCCACCGAGAGGCCCCCCAUUUCUCGUGUACAUGAGGUGGUAGACAUUCUUCAAGAAUGCUCAGCGAUAAUUCUCCGGACUUGCUCCGACAUGUCCUCAUAAAACGCUUGUCUCUUGCUACGAUUGACAAUCCUCCUCUGCCAGAGGUCAUCGUGCACCGCUGCCGGACAGUUUUCGACUCCCAAGCAGAGUGGACGUCAGAGAUUGAAGAGGAAUCCAGCGACCACAGCAACGGCAAUUUCUCAUCGGACUUUCCCUCCUUCUCCACGCCGGCCAACCUUUUCGCCUCUACGCAGCAUCAAGCUCCUGCCUUUCACGACAACCGUCGAUAUUUCAGCAGUGCCGACCCUCCAAGGAACCCUGAGCCUGUGAUCCGGAGUAAACCCUGGCCAUGCCCAUCUUCGCCACUGUCGGCUUCUCAGCGCUCAUCCGUCCCGGUUGUUUUAGAAGACCCCCUGCAGAGCUGCAACCAGCAGCAUUACCAGUCCAUCUUCAAACGAAGGCGAUCCAGCAGUGGCGUGCUUAGGUACACCCCUAACAUGGCUCCCUCACCGAAACCCUUGAUCCGACGUUGUGACAUCAUUUUCGGAAGUAUUAUAGGAAAGGGCGCUUUUGGUCAAGUUUAUAAAGGUCUUUUACACGGCCGCCCAGUGGCUAUCAAGGUUGUACAGAAGAGGCGAGGCUCCGGGAUACACAGAGAAAUAUUGCAAGCAGAGAGGCUCGCCUUCUCCAUGAAUCUCCGGCAUGAAAAUAUUGUCAAUGUAUUGGGAGUUAACAUGUGUGAGGGGUCCAGAGGUGACGCCUUGAUUGUGAUGGAGCUGGUCAGCACCAGGACGCUUCAAUCUGUUCUUGAUGACGUCAACCGCGACAUAUCCUUGAUGGACAGGCUUCGAUUUGCUUCAGAAAUUGCUCGUGCCAUAGACUACCUUCACGUCAACAAUGUGGUGCACCUAGAUGUCAAACCAAGAAAUGUCCUGAUGACAGAGGAUGACAGGUGCAAGUUGGCAGACUUUGGCAGCUUGACACAGACCUGCUCGGGGGCUCCGAAAGAAGACGUGGAAUACACACAGCUUUUAGGAACUCUGGCCUACAGAGCCCCAGAGCUAAUGAACAGAUGUUAUCCUUCGAAUAAAGCUGAUAUUUAUUCCCUGGGAAUUACGUUAUGGCAAUUGGUGUCGAGGGAGACCCCUCAUAUAGGUGCUAAUCCCCACUGGCUCAUCUACCAGGUGGUCAAGGCCAACAAGAGACCACCUGACCAUUACACUGGAGACGACAUCAUGGAGAUCAAAUACAAGGAACUCUACACACAGUGCUGGGACUCUGAACCUAUGGCCAGGCCAAGUGCAACCGAGGUGUUGCAGUGUUUGGCCAAUCUCAAAAACAUUUCUUGGCAAAGAGACUGGAUAGAAAAGCAAGCCGAUUAAUCCAUUCUCCAUUACAUAAUGUCCAUUUGUUUUCUAUACUACUAGUAUACCAGAGAUAAAGAUAAAUUACAUUUAAAAAAACAUUUAAAAAAAAAAAAGUAUUUACAAAGUAUAAAUUUUGUACUAUUUUCAAGAAUCAAGUCUAAAAGAUUUUUUUUUUCUAUGAUUCUAUGCAAUAUUUUUGUGCCAUUAAAAGUUUUUUUUCGCAGCAUCAA